UAGUGGUGACUGGCGAACUGGUACCUUCAAUAUAUAUUUUUUCUUUUUUUCUUUUUCUUGGUCGAGGAAAAGGCAGAAAAUGCCAUACAAGUUAUUCUCUUGAUUCGAGGAGAGCUGUGUUCUUGCGACCAUUUUCAUGGAGUUUCAUUUCCCAGUUGAAAAAGGAGAGAGAGAUCAGAUUCAGAUCGAUACUUAUCAACACAAGUUUCUUCUGAAUUCACAUCCAUGGCUGACUCUGAUCUUCUCUUCAACUUCUUACUUUCUCACUCAAUAUCACGCCUCUUCUUUUUUUUCUUUCUAGGUUUUUGAACUUCAAGGUUCAAUUAUUUCUUUCUUUCCCUCUCUUCUUCCUCGCAUUCUCUUCUACUGGAGCUCACUUCAUAUUCCAGGCUCAUACUUAUGGUUUAAAGAGUUAUAUCUGAAUUCCUUGAAUGCUACAUGCUGAAUAGUCGUUUCUGAGAAUGAAGUUGUGCAUGCAGAUACACCAGAAAGUUUGCUGAAGAGUAAUUUCCGAUAUCUUGCGGAAGCUAGGAAAGAUUUUUAGGCAGAAAAUAAAUCUUUGACAUACCAUGUUCUGAAUUUAUCCAGCCACCUUGAUUUAGAGUGCUCAUCUUCCAGAUCGUAAAGCAUCUCACCAUGCUUAAGCAAAUACUAAGCAAACUUCCUCGGAAGUUGCAGAAGUCGGAGACGGUGGAUUCUGCAACAAAUGAUUCUAGCAACAAUACUUCUCGUCUGGGACAUGUAUUCCAGUGUACAAAUGUAGGGAGUGCCUUCUCGAGUAAAUUAAAUGUCGUGAAACGUGUUUCUUCAGCAGUUUUCCCUGCAAGCAUUGCAGCGGAAGCAGUGGAUCCUCACUUGUCAUUCAAAGAUGUUCCAAAUCCACAGAAGCAAAACCUGUUUGUCAGCAAAUUGAACUAUUGCUGUGAGGUUUUUGAUCUGAACGAUGUGGAGAAGCAGGAUCUUAAACGUCAAAUGUUGAUAGAUGUUGUUGAUUUUGUUACAUCUGGAUCUGCAAAGUUCACUGAGACAGCAAUUUCAUCAAUAUGUAAGUUGUGUGCUGCUAAUCUUUUUCGCGUGUUCCCGCCCAAAUCUCGUUCAACUUCAACUGGUGGAGAAACGGAGGAUGAAGAACCAAUAUUUGACCCGGCUUGGUCUCAUUUGCAAAAUGUUUAUGAUCUACUGCUUCAUUUUGUCAGUAGCACUUCUCUAGAUGCAAAAGUGGCCAAAAAAUAUCUUGAUCAUUCUUUUAUCCUGAGAUUGCUUGAUCUCUUUGAUUCUGAUGACCCAAGAGAAAGAGAUUGCUUGAAAACAAUCCUUCACCGUGUCUAUGGAAAGUUCAUGAUACACAGGCCUUUCAUCAGGAAGGCUAUUAGCAAUGUCAUGUAUCGUUUUGUUUUCGAGACAGAGCGGCACAAUGGAAUUGCAGAACUGUUGGAGAUUUUUGGUAGUGUGAUUACCGGGUUCGCAUUGCCAUUGAAGGAGGAACACAAGACAUUCUUAUGGAGGGUGCUAAUUCCUCUUCACAAACCAAAGUCGGUCGGAAUUUAUCAUCAACAAUUAACAUAUUGUAUUGUACAGUUUAUAGAUAAGGAUCCAAAGUUGGCCAGCACGGUUAUUAAGGGACUUUUAAGAUAUUGGCCUUUAACAAAUAGCCAGAAAGAGCUGAUGUUUUUAAGUGAAACAGAAGAGAUAUUAGAAAUGAUCAGCAUGGUUGAGUUCCAGAAGAUCAUGGUCCCUCUCUUUCGGCGAAUCGGAUAUUGCUUGAAUAGCUCUCAUUACCAGGUGGCAGAAAAAGCUCACUUGCUUUGGAACAACGAACACAUCAUCAAUCUUAUAGCUCAAAACCGGCAAACGAUCAUUCCGAUUAUCAUCCCAGCACUCGAACGAAAUACACAAAAGCAUUGGAACAACUCUGUACUAAAUCUAACUUUAAAUGUGAAGAAGCUGGUUCAUGAGAUGGACGAGGAACUCGUGGUUGCUUGCCAGCUUGACUUGAAGGAGGAACAAUCGAAGUCAAUUGCAGCGGCAGAGAAGAGGAGAUUGACAUGGGAGCGGCUUGAGAAUGCUGCAACUCCACAACCUAUUUCUCCUAACAUUUCAUUUCUGGUAGAACCCGCAACAUGUGCAGUUGCUGGCUAGCCACUUAGAAUUGGAAGAUCAAGUCAACAAAAUGAUGGUAGCAUUACUUGCAGUAUAUCGGAAUCAUCUAGUUCUUUGAUUCAACCAAGUUUUCGAUUCCACUGCAAAAAGUGUCUCGCUCGCCGAGAUGCGACGAACAAGUUAUGGAUGAAGGAUCUGAUCAGAUCCAGCUGAAACUUUCUGUACAGGUGUGUGGGUAAAAGCAGCCUGUUUGGUUGUUGCCAUAGAUUUGAGGAAAUCUGUAUCCUUUUAUCAAACAGUGUGUUUCUUCACUGUUUUUUCCAUAUCUCAUUCAUGAUGGGAUUUUGUGCUUUUGAGUUCCAUUGGCACCAUAUUUUGAAGCCUUCAGCUUUUAGCUUGUUUGUUCUUCUGAAAAUUAAAUUUCUUCCCUUUCUCCUCUUAAA